AUGUCUGCCCUCCGCAACAGCCGGACUGCCAGAGUGCAGGUCCGUGGUUUCGCGACCUCCCCGAAUCUUCGAGUCGGACCCGAGUCUCCUCAUUUCAUCGAUGUUCCUCGAAUCCUUCAACCGAGUAACCCGGUCAAGCCCAGAGUCAAGGGUACUCUCCCCGUGCCUCGUGAGCUCUUCCCAGCUCGCCGGGCGGACAAGCCGCGCAAAGCGUAUCUCGAUGCCGCAACACCCCUCCCUCAGACCGAGCGCAAGGUGAACCCGAAGAGCAAUGACCCCGAGAAGCAGGCCUUCAAGCUCAAGAUGGCGGUUCUGCGCAGACAGCAUCUCCGAGAGGGUCUCCGAACCCUGUACCAGCGGAAGACAUCGGCAGAGGAAAUCAUUUUCAACAGAAGUCUUGAGAACCAAAGUCGACGAGAGCGUGUUCUUCAACAACCCGAGCCGGAAGAUGAACGUCUGACUCGAUCAACGGUCGUACAGGCGAUGCAGUCAAAGGGACACUCAGUCCUGGCGGACCCGAACCGCGAGCAGCGCCUGGCUCUUUCCAAGGCGCGGGUGGAGGCACUUAAGCAACAGAAGGAUGCACAGCGACAAGAGGACCUGCAGUCUUUGUACAUGAAUGCUCGUACUUUCAUCAUCAACGAGGAGCAGCUCACUGCUGAGAUCGACCGUGUGUUCCCCGAGGGUGAGAACGAGGCCUGGCGCAACGACCACCAGCAGGGCGAGAACAUCUGGAACUUGGGAACUCCUCAAACCGUGCAAAGUAUCGUCAACCAGACUCGGAGGAGUGAGACCGCCCGCUGGGAUGUGAUUCAGGACCGAGUCAAGCAGCUCGGUGAGCAGAUCACUGGUGGCAAGCUGUGA